GGGUCCUCGUUUUGCCACUUCAAAAGCCGAAAUUUUGUUGAGCGAUUUCGCCCUGCGCUUUCGUAAUUUCCAUUUCUCCAACCCCAAUUCGAUUCCCGCAACGCUAUUGCUGGCUGAAUCGGUUAGGAUACUGUGGACUGACGCCUGCUUCUUCUCCCCAUGUCUCGCAGAUUCUUCGUUGGUGGCGCCUCUCUUUCCCGCUCUUCAAUUCUCCACGCCAAAUUCCGUAACCCCAUUUCCCUUCCCUAUUUUCUCCACCCCAAUUUCCCCAAAUCCAAAUCCAUUCACCCAUUUCCGAUAACCCCAAGAUUUUUCUCCUCCAAUUCCCAAAUGGGUGAUGCCAGAAGACCGCUCUCCGCCAACAUACCGCCGCCCGAGACCGCCGACAGAUCGGAGCUGCUCCGCUCCCUCGAGUUUUCGCUCAAUUCUUCGUUUAGUUCGGAGCCAUUGUUGCCGAAUCCGAGCCCUUUGAUUAUCGUCAUCAGUGGCCCCAGUGGGGUGGGCAAGGACGCUGUGAUUAAACGAUUGAGAGAGGUCCGAGAGGGGCUCCAUUUCGUCGUCACUGCGACAAGUCGACCGAUGCGACCUGGGGAAGUCGAUGGAGUAGAUUAUUAUUUCGUCUCCAAGGAAGAGUUCCUCGCCAUGAUCGAGAGGAAUGAGCUUCUGGAAUACGCAUUAGUCUAUGGAGAUUACAAGGGCAUUCCCAAAAAGCAAAUUCGGGAGUUUAUGGCAAGAGGGCACGAUAUUGUGUUGAGAGUGGACAUUCAGGGCGCCGAGACAUUGAAGAAAAUUCUUGGGAAUACUGCAGUUUUUUUGUUUUUGAUGGCGGAGAGUGAGAUUAAACUGGUUGAGAGGUUGAUCAAUAGGAAGACGGAGACGAAAGAGUCAUUGUUGGUGAGAGUUGCGACGGCUAGGGAGGAAGUAAAACAUGUUAAGAGUUUCGACUAUGUGGUUGUGAAUACAGAAGGGGAGUUGGAGAGUGCGGUUAAGCUGGUGGAAUCCAUUAUUGAUGCGGAGAAAGCUAAGGUCUGGCAGAGAAAUGCUGUCAUUUAGAUUGAGAUUUCAGACACCAUUUUGGAAGGUGUUAUUAUCACUUGAGGAGGGCAGAGGCUGUUUUGUUUUAUCUACAACCCCAUGCACCGGGUCUUGCUUGUUACCAAAAUUCAAAUUUUUGUUUUUUGAUUUAAUUCCCAAGCACAGGUCGAAUGAACUCGAACCGUUAUGCAGUUGAAAUUUGUUUUGGCAGUUGAACAAUAAUCUCAGGCAGGAGCAUAGAGGGGACUGACUGCUCCAAGAAGAUGUGUAAAAAAUCUACCAUGGUAAUGCUGAUGAAACUUUGAAAUUUUCAUACCCCAUGCUUAUUAUUAUGACUAUCCCAAGAGAAAUGACAAUAAAGUUUACUUUUUGGAGCUUCUUCAA